AUGUCUCUCUACACUAUUCCCCAUCUUUGGGGCGCUUUAGCCUUGGCUGCAGCUAUUGCAUCAGCUAUCAUGAAAUUUUCAAGGCGUAGCUCCGCAAAACAGCCCCCGGGACCUCGGGACAUUGUCUAUUAUAAAGGCUUAGGAAACUCUAUCCUUGUUCUCAAUAGCCUGGAGUCCAUGCAAGACCUCCUUGUUAAGAAAGGAAAUGUGUACUGCAGUCGACCUUACUUUGUCGUUGCCAGCGAGCUUAUGGACCUGGUUAAUAGCACCGCCUUCACACCGUUUGGUCCACGAUGGCGCUUGCAUCGCAAGUUUGCACGUGCAGCACUUAGUCCAAGCGCUGUUAAGAGUUACGAGUCGACUCUUGCCGAGGUGGCAAGUCGCCUCAACGCCUCCUUCCUUGAGAACCCAGACGACUUUUGUGACCAUGUUAGACUGGCCGCUGGUGGGGUCAUUAUGGGUACAAUCUAUGGAAUAACGGUACGGUCCGCAGAAGAUCCAUAUAUAAAAAUUGCCGAGUCUGCAAUGAACAUUAUAAGUAAAGCUGUAAUUCCUGGAGCCUUCAUUGUUGAUCUGGUUCCUGCUCUCAAAUAUUUACCCGCGUGGAUACCCUUUGCCACAUUUCACCAAGUUGGACGACGUGGACGGACUAUGGUAGCGGAACUCAUAUGCAAACCAUUUGAAUAUGUCAAAUCCGAGAUACCCAAACAGGAAGCAGGAACGGCCCAGCCUUCGUUCACCGCAGACGUACUUACUCAUGAAGAACUCAAGAUGGAGUGGGGAAAUGAUGCUGAGUAUGAAGAAGCUCUCAAGUGGGCAUCUGCCUCCAUGUACGCAGUAUUAAAUAUGAUUAUGGCCAUGGCGACUAAUCCGGAAAAGCUGAAACUUGCUCAAGGAGAGCUGGACAGGAUCGUGGGACCUAAUCGCAAACCAAAUAUAAAGGACAGAGACAAUCUCCCAUAUAUCCACGCAAUUAUUAAGGAGACCUUGCGGUGGCAUCCUCCACUCCCAAUGGAUAUUGCCAGAUCUUCAAUUGACGACGAUUACUAUCGCGGAUUUUUCAUUCCUAAAAACACUACAGUCAUUCCAAAUGUAUGGGCCAUUGCCCAUGCUCCCAACAAAAUUUACCCCCCAGAAACAUUUGCUCCUGAACGCUUCUUGGAAGAUAAUCCAGCCCUCGACCCAUCAGCUUAUUGUUUUGGCUUUGGAAGAAGGUACCUCGCUAUGUCUAUAAAAUCUAUGCCGACUGAUUGCAUCUGA